GUCGUGUUUUGUGUGUUGGUGAUGCGGUCGUGUUGUGUUGGCCAGUUGCUGCGUUCGACUUUCUCGAAGUGUUACUUUACAAAUCUUGCGAAAUUUCGUGCGUGAUCGUACACGUUGGAGCCUGAUGAGCAUAUUAAGUUUUCACUGUCAGUAUGUGGACGUGCAGAAAAUGCGGAAAACCUGUUUACUUCGCCGAGCGCAAGACGUCGAUGGGCUACGAGUGGCAUCCGGAGUGCCUACGCUGCGAAGAAUGUGGGAAAAGGCUGAAUCCUGGACAGCACGCUGAGCAUAAGGGGGUUCCCUACUGCCAUGUCCCCUGCUACAGUGUCCUUUUUGGCCCGACUUUAUUUGGCCAUGGAUCGCAAGUUGAGGCACACACAAGCUUCGGAAAAAACACCAAGGAUCGCCAGUGUGUUUCUUCUGUACCAAGAAAUCAUCUGGAGGGAAAGCUAAAGGUUUACAAUCAAUACUAUGAGGGGAAAAGUGGCAUUGUCCAAAGCCGUUUGAGAAAUGGUCGCCUGAUCUUGGAAGGGUCCAUCAGAAUCUACUGGGGAGUGAACCGAGUCAUCCGGCUGAAAGAAGACCAUGAUGAUCGAAUCCCAGUACGAAGAAGAAGGACAUCACUGCGACUUAGUCGAUUGGCCAUCAAUUCAAAGGACAGAGGGUCCAAGUUUUUACAGAAUGGCUCGCCCGAGAAGGAAGGUACCAGUAGCGUAGAAAAUGGCACAGAAGACAAGAAUGGCGGCCUCAGAAUGAGCACAAGCACUGACAACAUGUUUUCAGAGCUCUCAGAUACAGAGUGCAGUGGGAGCCAUACAAAUGGCAGUUCAGAAAUCGGCCGCAACUAUAGGACUCUACCAAACCCAAGCAAACAUUCACUCUCAGACUUGGUGACCGACAGCACUUCACAACAGCCAUUGAUGAGUGAAGAUGCCAAUGGCUUCGAGGGUGUGACACUGCGCAGCAAAGCUCGUUCAUCGCGAGUGAAGCUGCGUCGGCGUUGUUCCAUCAACGGGCACUUCUACAACAGAGAGACAAGUGUGUUCACUCCCGCAUAUGGUAGUGUGACCAGUGUCUGGGUGACAAGCCUUGUGAAUGCCCCAGAAGUAAUUAACCAACUCUUGGACAAAUUCAAAGUGGAGAACUCGCCGCAAGAUUUCGCCCUCUAUGUUGUUCGGGACACUGGAGAACGGAGGUUGAUGCAAGAUGAUGAGUACCCCCUGCUCGCAAGAGUGAUGCUGGGCCCUGACGAGGCUGUUGCCAAACUUUUCAUCAUGAACAGAGAGAACACCAACGAAAUACCUUAUGAGGUUGCACAGUAUCUGAACUUCAGUGAAGUGGAACUGACAACAUUUAUCAAGAAGUUUCAUGAAGAGGAGGACAGGGAAGUGGAAAAGAUAAAAAACAAGUUUAAGACAUUGCAACAUCGAAUUCAAGCCAGAAUGCAAGAACUGAAGUCCAUACCGGUCAAGAUCAACUCCUAAGGAGUACAUGUGUGUGCGAUGUACCAUCUUAUGUUGCUUAUGGACAUUCAUCAUGCUGGUUUUAUUGUGCUCUAGGCAACAGCAAAACUUCUUAUGCAAUUGUUUUAUGUUGCAUGUUGUCUACUUCGUCAAUCUGUCACGUAUUGUCUAGAUAUGAAAACAAGGCUCAGGUCAGUGCACUUCGUUGUUUUCGUUUUAUUUGGUUACCAAUUAUGACAAUGACUGUGUGCAUUAUUAGAAAUUAACGCAAUGCAUGGAGGAAGGAAAGAACUGAGGAAAGGCCCCAAUGUGUGACAGUGCAUUGCAAAAACUGUGGAGGAAAGGACGUCAAAUUUAAGGGACAAGCAACUCUGUGGGGGGCAAACAAAAGAGCAAGUGGCCCAAGGGGUGCCCUCUGCGUUAUGGCGGUUUCGCUUUUCUGCAGAUUUUAAGCCCUAAAAUAAACGUGGUACACACUGUGCAUUCAGCAUGCAGUGAAGUGCUGUAAGCAUGUGCUCACAUUGCUGUUCAUAUGUGCUCAAAUUCUUCUGUUAGCCUUUUAGCUUAAAGGAGUCCUGACAGAAAAACUUUCGCCCCGCGUUUUUUUGCUGCAGUGUGUUGCUGGGGGCCUGUUAGUCAUAACACGGUACAUCGUUUGCUGCAGCGCGCGACACAUGAUUAAUUACAAGCUCCUCAUUAUCGACACAGCCUCAGUUUCGGUUUGACUGGGCUCCAAAAACGACAAGCCGCCGGGUGCAACUAUCACCACCUAGCGAGUGAAAUGCUCGGUCACGUGAGCACACAGAACAGUGACGCAUUUCCGCGCGGUUUGUCGUCGCCGGGCUCAUCGUCGUCUGAUGGCGACGAUUUUCUUGCAGCGGGGAUGGAAGGAAUUUUCGACGUGGCGAAUCACAUCAGGUUUGACCCGCUGGCGAGGAGCGAUUCGUCGGGGAGCGCGUCAAAACAGAAAUGGCGGCUACGACGUCAUCAUAACUUGUACCGGCUGCAACGGUUACGUAGGGGAAGUAGGGGGGUCACCUCGGGUCACCUCCGAGGGUGUCAAUGCACCAGGUGCGGCCUACAAUGCUGGAUCGCGUUGGCGAACUUCAAAAUUCAUAUAAAAUACCUUCCAAGCUUUAUUCGCUGUCGAUAUUUUGCAGAUGGUACACGCACGUACACGGGAAUCGAUCCAGCAGGCUAUCUCGCCCGCGAAAUUUUGUGUCAGUACCCCUUUAAAAUUAUGGCAUGCGCAAAUUAGCAGGUACUGGUACACGCGAAAACAUUUGGCACCUGCAUCGUCAUUUUUGAGCUGAUGCAGUGGCGAUGAGUGCAAUCUUUUUUCUACGCAGUCACAAUGUUAAAUAAGCGGUGCCUAAGAACUUUUGUUUCUUGUUGCCCAGUUUCCCAAUCGAGCUGUACAUACCUGUCAGAAUGCAGUAUAUAGCGAAUUUCAGCCUAUUUGUACAUUGAAAAAUAAGUUACUGUCAUAUGUUUAACGGCUGUGUACAUGCAUUGAUGCUUGGAGCAGGUAGACAACAUACAACAUAACUGCUCUUUGUACAUUAGCAUAACUGCUUGUGUAUAAUACAACAUGACUGACACAUGAAAUGUGAUUACCUUUACUUUCCACACACUGCGCGAAUUACACUUGGGCAUACAGGCAAUGCAGAGAUAUGGAACAGGACGUGCUUGCACGCCGAAAAAUGAGGACUUGCAAGUUUCACUUGAUGUGCAACCAUGCUUGCAAGCAAUAUGCAGAGAUGCAGUGUCGUGAGCGGAGGUCAGUCGGCCACAUAACAAAUAAGGAGCAUAGAAAGGUGUGGGGCCACUGUGGUUGACAUGGCAUGCCAAGAGAUUAUCAUAGAGACCAUGAAAGCUGUGGCUUGUUUAGAUGCAUCUUUGCUUGGGGGUGCUACGGAUGUUGGAGGCUCAAGAAUGCAACGUCAGGGCCUCUCCUUAUUUUUUCCUUCCUCCUCGACAUUAAGGUUCAUGGAACAUAUCUAAUAAUACUAGUCUAGCAACACGUUCAAUAUCCUUGGAAUUUUUUUUCAAUGACCUACUUUAAGCCAAAGAUAAGGCGUGAUUGCUUUUGGUGCUAAGGAACUGUUUUCACAUCUCUUAUAACCAUCAUUCAGUAUAAUCCAACGAUGGGCAUUAUUGUACCGUGUGCUAAGCAGUCGUUUUUACAGCUAGUGCAAUCGUUAUUUCGCAUUACCCCUUAUACACUUUUUUUGUCUUUUUGUUGACGAGCAUGAACAAAACCUUCAGAGGUAAUGAUUUGUUAGGCUGUUGCAAUUCGUUUUAACACAAGAGCAAAUUAUGUAAUGCCACAGGUCCUGGGCACAUUGCACAGACACAAAGGAAAGGUCUCAUUUUAUGCACAGUGUUGCUCAUUUCGAUCUGCAUCUUGGCCAUCCCAAGACACCAAAAAACUGCAUUUGCCAUGUCAUAAGACCAUGUCAUUACUCAUUGUUAUUUAAAAUCUCCAGUUUAUCAUUGAUCUUAAGUCAUCAGUUUAUCAUUGAACUUGUGCAACCAUUCUGAAUACUCAUGAUUUAGUGCCAAAGUAGUUGUCAUUGUAACAGCAUGUUUACUGUGACAAUUAGGCUUAAUGGCAACUGAGAAUGCUUAGACGGACAGACAACCUUUCAGAAUGUAUAUCCAGAGUGUCCCAUAGAUGGAUAGAUAGUGUCCUGUAUUUACUGAAAUGAGCACUGCUUUAAACAAGGGUUCAAAUUUUUAAUUAUUCAUGCUCUGGUUGCAAGGAAUGACAUUUGGCAUUCCACAUGGCAAGAACUAGACGGCAAAUAAGAUGCCUUAUCACUAGGCCUUCCAUUAGUGUGUGCCGCCCCUUGGCCUUUAUUUAAAUGAGAAGUUUUUAUAACCUACAAUGCACAGCCAAAUCAACUGCUGCGAGCAGAAAAGUGGCACUGCCUUAGUGUGAUAUGAUGAAACCACCCCAUGAACAGUACUUCUUACACAGUCCUCAUUACGACUGCGUCACCCAUGGAAACAUUGCAGUUAGGCCCUUGUUUGUACAGAUUUAGGUGCUGGUAAACAAAAAUUUUCUGUUGCAAAUUGCCGAGCUUUUCAAGCAACAUAUUUCAGAAUGUGAGUGCACUGAGAGCCGCCAUUGUUCUGCUUUCCCAAUUUGUUAGGCAGGCUAUUGGCAUUGCUGUUGCUUCGCUGGUGUCAGGAUGACAACUUUAGACUACUUUUUUUUUAGAAGUAACUUUUUCAGGUAUAAACACUUCCGAGACGAGCUUCUCAUUGCACCAUAAAAAUAAGUGGGUCCUUGAAAAUUGGUUGUCAGUCCCUCUAAGUGUUCAUUUGCCUAGUCUUAAAAUUAGUGCAGCUGUUCAUUUCACCUGUGGCAACUACAUAGUAUUACUCUGCAAGACAGCUAAUAUUGCUUAUUGCUCUGUGCUUGUAUAUUUUUGUGAAUAAAAGCAGUUUUUGAAU